CGGGCAAGCUGGCUCCCCACACCUAGAAGUUUCCCAUAUCUCCAUCUACGGAACAAUCGUCGCUGAAUGCAACUACACCCGCUCAAAAUAUGUGGGAUUCUAUAUGCCAGAUGACCCCGGCAGAGUCACUGCCUGGCCGUUGGGAGGUGUGAAAUAGCGAAUGCAAGAAUUAUCUUUCUCGCCAUCAGUAGCCUGGGGAAACGGCCAGCCACGAUGGACGCUGAGCGCAAGGACAGAGAGGACAUGAACACCUACAAGGAGCGUCUGCUCACGGAACACAUCAAGCGACGCUUCCACAGCCAUCUGACCAGGUGGCGCUGUAUGACUGAUGCUACCAGGAGUGCACCGCCACUGAUCGUCGGUCCUGGCGGCGUGACUUUGGCAGGCAAGACCACCAUCACGACGAAACUCAAAGAAAGUCUUGCGCAGUCGCCGUUUGGUAGCAGGUCAUUGAGGGUCGCGAUUUUCAGCAUAGACGGUGAGCUUGCGAGUAACUCGACGCGCAGCCUCCCUGGCGCGCUAACAGAACAGAACCGUCGCCUCUAUUCAGAUCUGUACCUGACGCAUCAAGAAUUGACGGAGCUAGCCGCCGCUCAUCCGCGCAACAAGCUCCUGCACGGGCGCGGACAGCCUGGUACUCAUGACAUGCAGCUUGGUCUGGUAUGCCUGCAGCGCUUGCGCGGCAUCAACGGCAGCUUCGCCGCCGACUCGCAAUAUGCCAUCGCGACGAAAGGUAGCGUCCAUCUGCCCAUCUUUGACAAAAGCCAGUUCGACGGCGAGGGAGACCGCAGUGACAAGACGGUACAAGUUGAAGCGCCGGUGGACAUUGUGAUAUUUGAAGGGUGGUGUCUCGGCUUUGCUCCUAUCGGGCGCGAGCAGAUUGAGCGUCGAUACAAGGAGGCGGUGCAGAGAGCCAAGCCAGAGCUGAAGACCCGCGAUGACAACCAGAGUGACGGUGAAAAGGCGCCAUACUUUCUACAGCACAACAUAGAGAGCCUUCUCGAGCUUGAUGAACGGCUCGGGGAGUACGAGCGAAAGUGGUAUCCGCUCAUCGACGACUUUAUCCAACUGCGUCCCGUCGCGCCCACUUCAUCUACCGGCGCAGCCGCAACCGCGCCCGGAUCGGCAUCGGCAGCGGGCGGCCUGGAGAACGUCUUCCAAUGGCGCCUGCAGGCCGAGCACACGAUGAUGACGUCUAAUGGCGGAAAAGGCAUGACGGAUGAGCAGGUGCGCACUUUCGUCGAGCGCUACAUGCCCGGCUACGAGCUGUGGGCCGAACAAGUCACGCACGAAGCCAGACGAUGGCACGGUAAAGGCUUGCGCGUCGACAUCGGACCGCAGCGAGAGGUGGUUAGUGUAUCUGAAUUUUGAAAUUAAAAAAAAAGUUGCAAAUGUGACCGUGUGUUCUCAUACUAUCUGCGUCGCAGCCUCACCCCAAUAGGACAGAACUGAAACCCUCCAUCAUCCGUCGACCCUUGAGUGGAAAGUACAAGCCAGGCAAUACCUCGCUUGUACGCGAUCUGUUUACAUUCCCUUUGCAUUGGACAUCCACCAGAAAUAUACCGACCACACCUGAGCCCCGGAGGCCUGUAUACUUAAGAUGGCACUUCCUUUCCUCGCCCGCCUGCUUCCCCCCUUCCCAACAAACAGACUGCUGCAAUCACCGCAUCAUCCCAUCUCGCGCCGUCCCGUGCUAUUGCGUGCGCGCAUACAAGUGGCCACCGUUCCGAGCCGAUGCACGCCUGACGCUCCGUCAUAGACGAGCCUCGCGCUGCGUAGCCUCGUUGAGCGGCCGGACGCUGUCGUUUCCAAGCUGCUUGGCGACGUUGCGCGCCACGUAGUUUGCCG